AUCAAUGAUGCGCUUAACACCCGAAACAGACCAUCGUCUACGCUCAUACACCGUCUUCCCCUCAAUUUGGACGUACUUGUAUGGCGCGAAGGAGGAACUAGAUAUCCUGGCAAAUGGAAAGGACCAUAUAAACUUAUAUCAAUCAACAGAGAAACAUGCACGAUUGAUCUCCUAAAUGGCCCUACAAAGUUCAGAUCAACUGUUGUUAAACUGUAUCAUAAAGAUGAUGAUCCGAAGCAAGAAAACACUAAUAAUAAUGAUAAGGCUGAACCAUAUAGCGCACCUACGGCACCAUUAAUAGAACUGUCGAACUUGCGAUCCCAUUAUAUGAACCAAAUCACACCGAACCUCAAUCACAAUGCCCAUAACGCGAACGCCGCUUACCACCUCGAUAUAAGGAUGAUCUUACGCACGUACGACGAAUCUCGCAAAAAGGAAGUUAACGGACUACUAGAAAGAGACAUCCCACCAGAGGCCCGCAUCUAUGGCUUUAGAUUCGUUGAUGAGAUCAAGAAUAAAGGCACUAACAAAGUCUUCGAGAAAUUACAACUUGUCGUCCAAGCGUACAACGACAAGGACAAAGAAUUUAUACUUACGCAGUCACCUACAAUUCAGCGCUCUAGUCAACGUUUAAUUCUCUGUAUUGGAGCAAGCAAGGACAAU